GAGCAUUUACAAGUUACACGCACGCGAUGUGUUAAAGCGAGACAAGAUUAUAAUACACAAUAAAAAUAAAAUACCGCUGCUAUUUGAGAUUUAAAAUAGUCUUCUAUAGAGUACCAAAGAGAAAGGAAUUUAUACCAACUCGCACUUAAAAAUCGAAGGUUAACUUUAAAAAAAUCAGAUUUUUAAAAAUGCCAUGCAGGAAGGUUUCAAUAUUAUUACUCUUCUAUUUAUAUUAUUGCAAUGGGCAAAAUUUCAGCGCGAAGAUGAAUCCUACCGUUGAAAGAUUGAAAAGCGUUCCCGCAACUGAACUUGGCGAAGGACCUCAUUGGGAUGCGGAGUCUCAAAGUUUAUAUUUUGUUGAUAUUUUUGGGAAAUCUAUACACAAGUAUGUACCAGCAACCGAUAAACAUACCAAAGCAGUCAUCGGCCUUAACCACGUAAGCUUAAUAGUACCAGUGAGAGGUGAACAAAAUAAAUAUUUAAUAAGUAUCGGAAGAGAACUGGCUGUUGUAACAUGGGAUGGAGAAAGUGAAAAAGUGGCAAAAAUAGAAAAAAUAGUAGAAAUAGAAAAUGAUCCCGAAACUAUUGACAAUAGAUUUAAUGAUGGAAAAUGUGAUCCAUCUGGUCGGUUAUGGGCAGGAACCAUGGGAGGGGAACCAGUGAACGGGCAAGUCAAACCACAAAAGGGUUCACUGUAUUCAUUUGAAAAUAAAAAACCUAUGAAGCAUCUAAGUAAAUUGGGUAUAUCUAAUGGUUUAGCUUGGAGCGCAGACAAAAAGAAAAUGUUCUACAUCGACACCCAUGCAGGUUCAAUUGAUGAAUUCGAUUAUGACAUUAAAAAUGGAACUAUGUCUAAUAGAAGACCUUUGUUCACAUUGAAAAAACACAAUAUUCCUGGAGGUCCCGAUGGUAUGACAAUAGAUAAAGACGGAAAACUGUGGGUCGCCAUCUUCAAUGGACACCGAGUGAUCAAAAUUGAUACCGAAAAACGCGAAACGCUUUUAAUGUCUGUUACUCUACCAGCAAAGCAGGUGACUUCAGUAGCUUUUGGCGGACCAAAUUUGGAAGAUCUUUACGUAACUACUGCCAAAUUUACGAUCGAUGGGGAACUACUUAAUGCUCCAGAACAUGGCGGCACUUACAGAAUUACAGGUUUGAAUGCCGUUGGACAGGAACCAGGCGUGUCAGUUAUGUUAUGAAGAUUAAUAAAUUGAUGAAGAAUGUCUUUAGGUAAUUUAGCAUUUAAAACAUGAAAUGUUGAAACGAAAUUGUGUUUUAUGUAACAAUAAAGGGAUUAAUAAUAUUUGAG